AUGUCGACGAGUGAAACCGAAAGCAACUGCAAUGUGCCGUACAACUGGCCCGCUCCAACAGUUGAGGCCUUGUUCAUCAGUCCGAAAGUGCAGAACUUCCUCCAAAAGCUCACGGGCUUUGACGUCGAUAAAAUAUUCGCACCGGUCCCAGUGCCGUUAAACACGCCGCGCUACAAGUUCCUCACUGAUGAACAACUUGAACAGGAACUACAAGAGUCCCACCGUCGGGCCCGGCAAAAGCUGCAGAUGCCUCCAGUGCUUCGAGAGCGCAAACCGUGUGAGAAAGUGCUCUCCAAGGAUCCGGAAAUUCAGGGCUUCACCAGCAGCUCAUACAUCUUCACCGACAUUUCUUAUGGCUACAAAAAUCGAGAGCGGCUGAUUGUCGUACGAGAACCCGAGGUGUUGCGCACCGCCAACUGGGAGGAGAGAGAACGCAUGCUGCAGACCUACUUUACUAACAAGGACAAGUCCUUCUACAUGCCCAAGAUGUUUGAGCCGGGCUACUUACAGGAUGUCUUGGACAAGCAAUGGUAUCGGUUUGUGUUGGACAGGGCUUGUAUCCAGUUUGAGCCAGACGACGCCGAGUACAUCAGAGUUACGCAUGCUACUUACGACCAUAUUGACGCCAAACGUGGCUUCCACGAGCUGCGGUCAACACGGCACUUUGGCCCCAUGGCUUUUUACCUGGCCGUUGUUGGCAAGGUGGACAACUUGCUCAUUGACCUACUACAGAGGGAAAUGAUCGAUGACACUGGUCACCUGCUGAGGCUGUUCUACCACAUACAUCCACCGGCCGAUGGCACUCAAGUGGAUGAAAACUCGGAAAACAUUGAACUCCUUAAGUUCUACAUCAGGAACAACUCCCAAAAGCGGAGCCACAUGGAACUCGCCCUGCAGACCUAUCUGGAGAUUCGCAGAAGCCAAGAAGAAGCGGAGAAGAACCUGGCCUCUGCAAGGGGGCACUCAUGAUUAGCCAUGCAGAAUAAACAUAAUUACGGUAGUACUAGUAAACUCUUUCGUGCCAGGCUC